UCUUAGUUUGCUAAUGUCCAUGAUGUCUCAUGGAAACGAAGGGCGACAACAAGGUUUCCAUUGAUCUCGGUGUCAUUAGUGCGGGCAAGGGGGACAACAAGAAUGAAGUUGAGGUAGCAGUACCCACGGCUGAGACUGACAUUAAUUCAGUGUAUGAAGAUGCUAUCCAUGUUCUGUCCUCGAAACCACCCAAGGUGGAUUCCAAGCCUGAUCCAGCAACACAGCAAGAAGAUUAUUACAAGACGUUACAAACAAAUGUAUUACUGGUUUGGACUUUGAGCAGCGCAGUUCUCCUGGCUGCUUCUAUAAUGUGA